AUGCAGAGUUUACUUUAAUCCCUAUAAUGCAGAGAAUUUACUUUAAUCCCUAUAAUGCAGAGAGUUUACUUUAAUCCCUAUAAUGCAGAGAAUUUACUUUAAUCCCUAUAAUGCAGAGAGUUUACUUUAAUCCCUAUAAUGCAGAGAGUUUACUUUAAUCCCUAUAAUGCAGAGAGUUUACUUUAAUCCCUAUAAUGCAGAGAGUUUACUUUAAUCCCUAUAAUGCAGAGAGUUUACUUUAAUCCCUAUAAUGCAGAGAGUUUACUUUAAUCCCUAUAAUGCAGAGAGUUUACUUUAAUCCCUAUAAUGCAGAGAGUUUACUUUAAUCCCUACAAUGCAGAGUUUACUUUAAUCCUUAUAAUGCAGAGAAUUUACUUUAAUUCCUGUAUUAUGUUUUAAAAUAUUAGUGACGUUAGUGUGAAGGUGAAUAUCAGUCUUAAUGAUCCUCAUGCACCGAUAGUCUUUCAACUUGAUAAAAGAAAUAACCCAGCAGUGGCUGUGGUAAACAAGAGUACGCCAACCAGCUUCCCGCCAGGGAGGCUGUGGGCUUUACAACUAGUAUUGAUAGUCUUUUAUUCCGCAACACUACGCUUUUUUUUUAUAUAUUCUGUCAUGUUUAGCUUGCAAUGGACGAUGAUGGCCAGAAACAGAGACUGCUUGACGUAAUAGGAGAUCCCCAUUUACUAGAAACUUUCUUAGAAAAUUUUCCCAGCUCGAGUUUUCCCACUGAUGGUGGUCUCCUCUGGCAGGGCUUAGACUCACCUCGCUUCGACAAUGUGACAUCCUCCACGGACUCCGGGCUGGUUAGCAGUUGCCUGGACAACCAUGUUUUCGAUGGCCAGUUCCUUGGUCAAGUGCGAGGGGGAAGUCAUCCCCUCAACCAUUCACAGGUGCCAACUCAUUUGUUGCAGCAGGUCUUACCCUCACCUACACUUCCUACUGGGCCACAAGGGGCACCACACCAGCAACAUCACCAACCACAACAGCAGCAGCCACAACAGCAAGAGCAACAACAGCAUCAGCAGCAACAACAACCUCAACAGCAGCAGCAGCAACAGCAACAGCAGCAGCAGCAGCAGCAACAGCAGCAACAGCAGCAACAGCAGCAGCAACAGCAGCAGCAACAGCAGCAGCAGCAGCAGCAGCAACAGCAACAGCAGCAGCAGCAGCAGCAGCAGCAACAACAGCAGCAGCAGCAGCAGCAGCAGCAGCAGCAGCAGCAGCAUCAUCAUCAUCAACAACAACAACAUUCUCAUCAACAGCAAAAUGUAGCCCUUCAAACAUCUGGGGCUCCACUUGUAGUUGGAGCCCCAAACAGUAGUGGGGGAGAAGGAAGCAGGGAGAAUGAUCAUCCAACUCUACAACAGCUACUAGCAUUUUCAUCCCAACAAGCACCACAGCCACAACCUCAGCAACAGCUUCAGCAGAAUGCUGGAAAUGUAGGACAUGGUUUACCCACAGCAAUACUCACUGCUAAUUCAUCUCGUCAUCCCUCCAUUCAACAAACACCACAGUCACAACAGCAGCUCUCAGUACAGCCCUCUCCUCGCACUGUUUCUGUCAGGCCGCAGCCAUCACCAGCAACUAAAGGCAGUCAAAGUGUUCUUCAGAGCACUCCUCAACCUACUCCUCAGGUCAUAUCUCAAACUUCAGCCCAAACCCCUCCACAAAUUAUGCAAGGUGGUGUUCAGCUCGUAGGGGGAUCCAACCAAGUUAUAACAUCAGGAGGACAAAUCUUAACUUCAGCAUCACCUCAGCUUAUUCAAGGUACUCAACUUCUGCAGACACAUGGAUCCACGCAAGUCUUGCCUACUGGUCAGUUGUUAUCUGGUGGACAAGUAUUGCAUAAUGGGCAGGUCAUACAGGGAGGUCAGGUGUUUCAUGGGCCCCACCUGUUGCCUGGAGGGCAGUUAUUACAAGGUGGACAAGUUAUACAAGGUAGCCAAGUGCUUCAGGGUGGACAGCUCAUCCAGAGUGGUCAGGUGAUCAAUAGUAGUCAGUUGAUCACCACUACCACACAGAUGGCAACCAGUGGUGUAUCAGGAUUAGGUGCAGCUUCUGCACCAUUAUAUGUCACACCAAGCACACCAGCAGUUCAACAGCAGCAGCAGCAACAACAGACCCAUGCAGUCACAUUACAUCAAGCAGUUCAACCUCCAACUCCUACUGCUUCUCCAUUUUCUGUAGUAAGUAAAUCUCCUGGAGCAGCAUUGCCCCGUACAUCACCGAGCCCCUCCCCAUAUCAUCCAACUACACCAUCACCUCACCCAGCAGUACCAAGUCCUGCAUCUUAUACAACACGUUCUCCAGCACCUUCUCCUCAUAGCAAUGUUAGUGCAAUGCGGUCCCCUGCUCCACCUACUCCCUCUCCUGCUGCAACACCAACACCACAGACACACAGUAAUAUUACUGCAAUACCCCAGCAACAACCAGCUGGAAUGGUGCAAGGUGUUAUGGGAAAUGUAGGGAUGGUGCAGAGCCUGGUGCCUCAGUUACCAUUGUCUCAAGUUGUUGGAUCAAAUGGCAUGGUGCUGCCUCAACCAGGAGUUCAACAAGCUACAGCUGGUGUAAAGCAAGUUGUUUCUGGAGGCCAGUUGAUUCAAAUUGUGUCUUCACCUCAACCAACUCAACCAAGGCAACCUCUGGCAACACCUGCACACAAGCCUAUUCAGCCAAAGCAGCCUCAGUUGCUGCCUAAGCCUCCCCAAGCAGCUGUUGUUGGUCAGCCUGCUCCACCACCACCAGGAAAGACUGUCAUGGGUGCACGUCCUGUAACACCAGGGGGGCAGCAACCUAUUGUAAUAGGAGCAGCAGGACAGCAGCCAACAAUGAUGACUGGUCAGCAGGGUCUUGGAGGAUUUGUUAUUAAUCCCUCAUUACUGCAGUCAAGUCUUCAACAGCCCAUCCUUAUUCAGCAGCCAAAUGGUGUACUUCUAGUAAGACCAUCAGGGCCAUCUGGAGCAGGGGGAGCACCUGGUCAGACUCUGUUGGUCCCUAUGCAUGGCCAACACCAUAUGAUGAGUGCAGGGACGAAAACUGGCCAGCACCAGACCGUAGUUUUCCCAGGCAAUGGUCAGGGAGGGCCAGCUUAUGUCAUCCCACCAAAUGGAUCAUCAGGUUUAGGUGCUCCAGGGAUGAUGGGUGCAGCACAAGGUUCACGUGGGCCACAACCCAUCAUUCGGUUAGUUGCACCACAAGCUCCAUUGCAGUUACAACAAAUCCAGACUCCUAAUGGACCCACUUUAGUAGCUGUACCAGCAGGUCAGACUGUAAAUCUGCAGGGCUUAUUAGCAGCUGGAGGUGCUACAAUGCGCACUUUAGCCCCACAGGUAGCUUCAGGCCCCUUGCAACUUGCUCCCUCAUCAGUAGCUCCUAAUAUGGCUCCUGUGGUGAGCAUGGGUCACAUACAAAUGUCAGGAGGUGGGCAGCAGCUCCAUGUGUCUGUCCCAGGGGCACCCCUUCAGCUGGCCUCCUCCCUUCCUUCCUCCCUCCCAUCUGUGAUAACCACCACUAAGCAAACUGUGAUAGAUGAAAGUGUGGCUCCUGCCUCCAUUGUGACAGCUACUGAGGCUGGACCACAUCACCAGACUAUAACAGAAUCUAAUAAAAAUACAAAGAAAAAAUCUAAAAAGAAAAAAAAGGAAAAGGAACCAAAAGAUGAAAAAAUAAAAGGCAAAGGAACUUCAAUAAAUUUAAAUGAUAUUUUGAAAGAAACUGGAAUUGUGGGUGAUUUGAUGCUUUUUGAUGACAAUGAACUUGGCUUAGGAGGGGAGGGAAUGGAAGGGGUGCAAGCUCCUGCACCUCCAGCACAGGUAAAUCCAGUGUCGGCAAUGGUAACAUCAGCACCUGUAGUAGCCCCAGUACCAUCGUUACCUGCCCCUGACAAUACUAGUUUUACAGCAACGAGUGAAAACACUGGCCAUAUUGUAGUUGGUUCUUCACAGCAGCAUACGCUAGUGGGAAUGAGUGGUUCUCUUGUGACGGGAACAGUGGUAACAAGUUCUCCUCCAGCUGGGAUAAUGACUAAUGCCAGUAUGCACAGCGGAAUGAGCAUCACGUUGGAUCCUAGUGGCAAAUUUAUCUUGGGUUCAGAUCCAACCAAAGCUCAUCUUUCAACUACACAAACAGCUACCCAGGUGGGGGGUUUGAUGAUUCCUUCGUGCCAAUCACAGGUGCAGGUGAUUGGUGGGGCAAGUGUUGGAUUGACAUCUUCUAUAUGCAAUGUAGCCAGUAGUGGGAGUAUGGCAAAUGUGAUGAGUAGUGGUAUGCCUACUGUCAUGGCUGGGAACACUGGUACUGGAGUGGUUGGGCCAAAUGCACUUCCUACCGUGUGUUCCUUACCAUCCUUCACCCAGCUCUUAACUCCCCCAACACAAGUUUCCUCCAAUGUUGUGGUUCAUGGUCCAAGUGUCACUACAAAAACUAAACCCAUUCAGUUACAGCACACUGCUUCUAAGUUAACACAGGUAACAAGCAAGAACCAAACAGGAGCAGAUAUCUGUAGGGUAGCCCAAAACACUCAUCUGUUGCAGGCAUUGCACCUCCCUGCUUCAGAAAAACAUUCUCCCUCACCCAGUGGACAGCCUUUGCUUACAUCACUGUUGUCAGGGCAACAUUCAAUAAACGGUAAUGGUGUGGAGCAGCCUGGUGUUCCAGUGCAAGUGUCUGUUGCAGAUGGUGGGCCUAUGCUCACUGUGGUUAGUGUGGGAAGUGUGAUGAGUUUACCUGAGGGUAUAGUGUCUACUGGUACAACUUUUUCCUCGCCGGCUCCACUUAGCAUACUGGUGCCCAGUCAAGCUAGCCAAGUGCCUCAGAGUUCUGCUGUGAUUGCGUCUUCAAGUGCUACAAACAAUGUUAUGUCUGGUGCUAUUAUUAGCCACAAACAAUUUGUUUCAAACUCUGGUCUCAUUCCACAAACUAGUGUAACUUGUACUAAUUCAGAAAAUGUGCCAGUGGUGGCACGAGGCCAUUCCCAAAUUGUAAAUGCUUUGCAUCCAGAUAAUGUUCCUAGUCAAACUAAUAAUGCAAGUUCAUUUGUGACAAAAAGUAUUGAAGGUAGUAAAACACCUAGCUUUCAGAAUGAAUAUGUUGCUACUUUACAAAGAGGGCAAAAUAUUAUAGAUACUAAUAAAAAUAAAUCAAAAUCAAAUAAAAAGAAAAAGAAAGAUAGAGAGAGUGAAUCUGUUUCAACAUCCACUACAAGUCCAGUGAUGGUCAAGCAGAGCUUACAAGAGCGUUUAAAGUUGAGCACAUGUACCAGUACAGGUGGAACCCCACAGCAACUGUGUUUGGCACCAAUUCCUAAUGGGCUUAGUGGACCUGCCAUUAAAACUGUCUCUCAGAGCAUCGGAAGCUCGACUCCUCCUGGAUCCUUGCCUCUUUCCAUGGGAGAAACCAGUGUCGCAAGUGAUAAUACAUCUCUAGCAGGGCCUAACAUUUCUGCUACUCCUCCAGUAUCUCUUGUACCUCCAGUAACUACUACUACUACUACUACGGCAACAGUUCAAGCACCAUCAGCAACAACCACCAUCACUGUCACAACCACCACCACAUCUUCAUCUCAUGCUACUUCAGGAGUCGUAUAUGCUGGACCAAGACAGCAGCAUAGUAAGCAAGUCAAGCACCUGAUACUUUCACCGCAAAAUCAGGAGGCUCUCAAGAAAGUUCAUAAUCAAAUCCAAGCUCUCCAAAAUAAGAAAACUGACCAAGAUAAAUCAUGUCUCCAGCAGCUUUAUACAGAAUACCGAAAAAUAAUGGCAACUGGAAAACAUGUUACUGUUACCACCACACCACAGCCGCCCCAAAUACCGCCUACACCAAGUCCCCCCACGCCUGUACGCUACUCACACCCGGUGGGACACAAAAUCAUCACACUAACUCAGUUUAAGCAGCAAAUUAAACAUUUACCUCAGGAUCAACAGAGACAAAUCAUGGACCAAAGUAAACAAGUACUUCAGAAAUGGAAAGAUUCAGGAAAUGUCUCAUCAUCUGGCACAGUCACUACUCCAACAACCAUAAAUACAUCAACCCCUCAUCUCUCUCCCAGUCCACAGGCUUCAUCAAGUGUUACCUCUACUAAAAGAAGUGCAAGUCCAGGAAGUGGGGCUAGCAUGCCCACCAUCUCCACUUCUGCUUCAUCACCAACUGUACCCACCACCUCUACCACAGUGUCUAGUUGUAGUUCCAGUAACACACUUAACUACUCCACCAAAAUGAUUCCUCCUCAGUGCUCUCCUGUAUCCUCCACCACCCCUGCUGUCAGUCACAGUAAUGCUCUCGGGCCUUCUCCAAAGUCGCUAGUGCAGUCAGGGAUGGUGCUUCCUCCACAGGUUUCACCCCACCCCAGCUCAACAUCUGGAACUCAGGAACAGUCCCCAGGCCAGAACAAGACACCUUUAACUUACAGCAUUACAAAGGAACAGCUAUUUGAACAUCAGCUGAAGACUGACCAAAAUGGUGCUUUAAAUCCUGAUUAUCGUAAUCCAUUUAAAAAUAAAAUUGAUGCUUGUAAACGUUUGAUCCGGUAUCAUGUAUUCAGUGAAUCUACUCCUACUGCUCGUGAAUUGACAGAUUCUAAUGCCCAGUUUGAAUUACAAGCUGAAUCUCUUCUGAAAAAGUUUAAUAACAUGAAAUACAAGUACCAGUCUCUCUUGAUCAAGGAUAGUAUGCGUCGCCAUGCAUCUUCAGAAACAGUGAUGCUAUACAGGUUGUUUGUACAGGAAGAUAAGACUAACAUUGAGAGGGAGAAGGCUGAUGUCCAAAAUGGGAAGAUUUUAGAUGUUCCAUCAGGCCUUGUCCACCGCACCAGUGACGAGACAUUGCCUCCUGAUACCCCCUAUCCUUGGGAACUGGAAUGGGAAAAACAAAAGAUUUACAAAUUUGAACCGUGGCAAAAUGAAGAGGAAGAAGAGGAGGGGGAAGAACAUCAAGAGAAUGAAAAGGAAAAUGGGAGCACUAAGGUGAAGGAACAAGAUAAAUUGAAAGAAAAAAGGAAUGAGGAUGAGAAGGUGGACAAAGAAGAGGAUGAAGAGGAGGAAGAUGUAGUUGUAGAGGAAGAAAAGACAGCAGCAAAGGAAGAAAAAGAAGAGAGUGUUAGAAACUGUCAGGAGAAAGAUAAUGUAGAGAAAGAGGAGGAGGAGGAGGAAGAGGGGGUGGCAACAAAAGAGGAGGAAAGUUGCAAAGAUUAUGUAAGGGUUAACAAUGAAGAAAAUGAUCUUAAUGAGUUUGAUGAUGAUCAGGAAACAUGCCUCCAGAUUUUCAUGAAAGAUGAAGAUGAAGAGGAAGAUGAUGAUAAAACAAAGGAAGAUGAUAGAGAAAAGACACCUCCUAUUACUAAACUUAAUUGUAAUGAUCUUAAAAGUGACUCUGAUAAUGCAGACGAAAGAAGCAGUAAAAAGGAGUCAGAACCAGAGGAGGAGUUAGUGAUUUGUGAUAAACCAGUUUCAAAUAGCAUAGAAAAUAGUCCUGUAGACAAUGAAGUGGCUGUGGUAGGUUAUCCUCGGGAAAUGUGGAUAAAUUGUGGUGAAAAUGUAAUAAGUAGACUUUCUGAUCAAUCUCAAUCGCCUGAUAUUCCUAGAACACCUAGUAAUAUUUCAAACCCUAUUACACUAUCAUCAAAUUGUGAAACCAGUGAAAAUAACUUUUAUAAACAGACACAUUCACCUUCUUUAAGAAUAGUGACUGACAGGACAGACAAAGAUAAAAGAAGGGAAAAAGUGGAAAAAGAUUAUAAGAAAAAAGCAGAUAGGGGUAAAGAUAAAGAUAAAGAAAGAGGAAAAGACAGAGAAAAGGAAGAUAGACCACCUAAAAAGCUAAAAAUCAAACCUUUAGUACCUCCUCUUCGUAUUAGAACUGACGAGAGGAGUAUUGGGCUCAAAUUGACACUGAAAAAGGAAGGUUCAGGAGCUUAUUACAGCGUAGGGGAGGAGAGAAAACGGGAAUAUAGGGUAGAACAAAACGAGGAUGAGGAAGAUGACGAGGAGCUAGAUGAUAUUGUGGGAAGACAGUUUGACGGGGAGGAGGAUGAGGAGGAGGAGGAUGGUGAUGGGGAUGGCCAUGGUCUAAAAGAAGUGAAAGUAGUUCUUCAAGAUGUUCUCAAAGACAAAAGGUUUAAAAAGCAAAUCGAGGAGCGAAGUAGUAAAAAGAGAAGAAGAGAAAAAGGUGAUGAUAGAAAUGAUAAGAAUGAAAAAAUUGAUAGAAAUGAUAGACAUAACUCCCAUUGGUCAAGUUAUACCCAACAGCUUAAUCAAAGUGAAGGAGAUAAAAAAAAUUCACAAUCAUCAAACCAUGAAAAUAGAACUUGGAACCACAACAGUGGUAUGGAGUGGCGGAGAAGUGGUGGUGAAGGUGCUUCCAGCAUAGAUAAUUCUAGUGAUCACAGAACAAGAGAAUAUAGUCCUCGUUUAUAUGCUUAUAAUGACCAUUACGGACAUGAAUAUUCCAACCGGCAUAAUCACUCUCAGCCAUAUGGGCAUUCUGGUAGUCAACCAAGAAACUCGCAUAGUUAUUAUUGAUAUAUUUCUUAAAAAAAUUUUAUACAGAAAAUUUUUAUUCUUAUUUAUGAAACUUUUAGCAUAAUCUUAAACAUAUGUUCUUUGCUGUUUUUACAUAUAGCACAAAUACUCAAUUUUUAAGUUCACAAAAUUAAUAUUUAUAUAACUUUUUUUGCAUCUCAAAUUUGCAAGCUAUUUGAUGGCUGUUGAAAUGCAGCAUCAUUAAAUUUUACUUUUCAUUACUUUAUAACAUUUCAUUGUGAUUGCUUUAUUUAAUUUUUGAGUAGUCACCCUUCAUGCUCCUUUAUAUUGAAUCUAGUCUUUGCCCACACCCCUCUGGACUGUAAAUAGCCAGGUAAUAAUUGCUCAGUAGAGUGACUAGUUGAAAACUGUGAGCCCUUAAUUGGUGACAGUAUAUGGUUACUAUUUACACUGGUGAAGUGAGCCUUAGUGCAAUAAUAACUAAGGGUCACAGUGGCUAAGCAAUUCACAGGAACAGAUGUAGGAACGUGAUUGUCCUGGAGGCAUCUUAAUAUGGGAAAUGAGAUUGAGGUUUCCCAUGUGAUUGUCGAAUUCGGCAGAAUUUUUAAUACUUAAAAGCCCUGUGGUGUACCUAUGUUUCAGUAGGUGUAAAUGUUCUAUAGGAUCCUAUUAUAGUAAUUUAAAAUGACA